ACAUUCUUAAUCUUCCCUUUUCUCUUCUCCCCCGUUUCACUCGUGUCAAAAGUCAGCACACACCAGCCCAUUUCCACGUCUCUCUCUCUUUCUCCCCCUCUUCGCUUUGAAGAGGGUCCAAGUCUUCUCAGAUCUCCACUGGUCGCAGAUCGGAGUCUUCGAUCUAAGCCACCAUGGCGGCCGCCGCGAACGCUCCGAUCGCCAUGAAAGAAGUCCUCACCUUGCCGACCCUCGGCAUCAAUACACAAUUCAUCAAUUUCACGCAUGUGACGAUGGAAUCGGACAAGUAUAUCUGUGUUCGAGAAACGGCGCCGCAGAGCAGCGUGGUUAUCGUUGAUAUGAGCAUGCCAAAUCAACCUUUAAGGAGGCCUAUUACUGCGGAUUCGGCUCUUAUGAAUCCGAAUUCGAGAAUCCUUGCUUUGAAAGCGCAACUCCAAGGGACUACUCAGGAUCACCUGCAGAUAUUUAAUAUUGAAUUGAAAGCUAAGAUGAAAUCAUAUCAGAUGCCUGAGCAGGUAGUCUUCUGGAAGUGGAUUAGCCCCAAGACAUUGGGCCUUGUAACACUGACCUCUGUAUACCAUUGGUCAAUUGAAGGUGACUCUGAACCUAUUAAGAUGUUUGAGAGAACUGCGAAUUUGGCGAACAACCAGAUAAUUAAUUAUCGAUCUGACCCUACAGAAAAAUGGUUGGUCUUGAUUGGUAUUGCUCCUGGUUCCCCUGAGAGGCCGCAAUUGGUUAAAGGAAACAUGCAACUUUUCUCUGUGGAUCAGCAGCGCAGUCAGGCUCUUGAAGCUCAUGCUGCAUCAUUUGCCCAAUAUAAAGUUCCUGGGAAUGAAAAUCCUUCUACUUUGAUUUCUUUUUCCACAAAGACACUUAAUGCUGGUCAAAUUGUAUCUAAGUUGCAUGUUAUUGAGCUGGGUGCGCAGCCAGGGAAGCCAUCAUUCACGAAGAAACAAGCAGAUCUUUUCUUUCCACCAGAUUUUGCUGAUGACUUUCCAGUUGCGAUGCAGAUAUCCCACAAAUACAGUUUGAUUUAUGUGAUUACCAAACUUGGCCUACUUUUUGUCUACGAUUUGGAGACAGCUACUGCUGUAUAUAGGAACAGAAUUAGUCCAGAUCCUAUAUUUUUGACAUCAGAAGCUACAACAGUGGGAGGCUUUUAUGCCAUAAACAGGAGAGGCCAGGUUUUAUUGGCUACUGUUAAUGAACAAACCAUUGUGAAUUUUGUCAGCGGUCAAUUAAACAAUUUGGAGCUAGCAGUUAGUCUUGCCAAAAGAGGAAAUCUUCCUGGUGCUGAGAAGCUGGUAGUGGAACGUUUCCAUGAACUGUUUGCCCAAACAAAGUACAAAGAAGCAGCUGAGCUUGCUGCUGAAUCUCCACAAGGAAUCCUUCGUACGCCAGACACAGUUGCCAAAUUUCAGAGUGUUCCUGUGCAAUCUGGGCAAACUCCCCCACUGUUGCAGUAUUUUGGAACACUUUUAACGAGGGGAAAGUUGAAUGCCUUCGAGUCAUUAGAAUUAUCUCGAUUGGUUGUGAACCAGAACAAGAAAAAUCUGUUGGAAAAUUGGUUGGCAGAGGACAAGCUUGAAUGCAGCGAGGAGCUAGGAGAUCUCGUUAAGACUGUGGAUAACGAUCUUGCUUUAAAAAUUUAUAUCAAAGCCAGAGCUACUCCAAAAGUUGUUGCAGCUUUUGCUGAGAGGAGGGAGUUUGACAAAAUUCUGAUAUACUCUAAGCAGGUUGGGUACACACCUGACUACCUCUUCCUCUUGCAAACAAUUCUCCGGACAGAUCCUCAGGGUGCUGUUAAUUUUGCGUUAAUGAUGUCUCAAAUGGAGGGAGGUAGCCCAGUUGAUUACAAUACCAUAACUGAUCUGUUUCUUCAGAGAAACCUGAUCCGUGAGGCAACAGCUUUUCUUCUGGAUGUUUUAAAGCCAAAUCUACCAGAACACGGGUUCCUGCAGACAAAGGUCUUGGAGAUAAAUCUGGUGACAUUCCCCAAUGUUGCUGAUGCUAUUUUGGCUAAUGGCAUGUUCAGCCAUUAUGACCGUCCUCGUAUUGCCCAACUCUGUGAAAAAGCUGGUCUUUACGUGCGAGCUUUGCAACAUUACACAGAGCUACCAGAUAUAAAACGUGUGAUUGUUAAUACACAUGCAAUUGAGCCUCAGUCACUUGUAGAGUUUUUUGGCACUCUAUCUCAAGAAUGGGCUUUAGAGUGCAUGAAAGACCUAUUGCUGGCCAACCUUAGGGGAAACCUGCAGAUUAUUGUGCAGGUUGCUAAAGAAUACUGUGAACAAUUGGGCGUUGAUGCCUGCAUAAAACUUUUUGAGCAGUUUAGGUCAUAUGAAGGACUGUACUUUUUCCUUGGCUCAUAUUUGAGCUCCAGUGAGGAUCCUGAUAUUCACUUUAAGUACAUUGAAGCAGCAGCAAAGACUGGUCAAAUCAAGGAGGUCGAGCGUGUGACAAGAGAAUCCAAUUUCUAUGAUGCCGAGAAAGCGAAGAACUUUCUAAUGGAGGCUAAGCUUCCAGAUGCACGGCCUUUAAUUAAUGUUUGUGAUCGUUUUGGAUUUGUUCCAGAUCUAACACACUAUCUAUACACAAACAACAUGCUUCGCUAUAUUGAAGGUUACGUUCAGAAGGUAAACCCUGGGAAUGCUCCUUUAGUUGUUGGGCAGCUGCUAGAUGAUGAGUGUCCAGAAGAUUUUAUCAAAGGUUUGAUUCUUUCUGUCCGUUCAUUACUGCCAGUGGAGCCCCUUGUGGAGGAAUGUGAGAAGAGGAAUCGGCUUCGUUUGCUAACUCAGUUCUUGGAACAUCUCGUAAGUGAGGGAAGCCAGGAUGUACAUGUUCACAAUGCACUGGGUAAAAUUAUCAUUGAGAGCAACAACAACCCAGAGCAUUUUCUCACAACCAAUCCAUACUAUGAUUCUCGAGUUGUGGGCAAGUAUUGUGAAAAACGUGAUCCCACCUUGGCAGUCGUAGCUUACCGGCGAGGACAAUGUGAUGAUGAACUUAUCAAUGUCACCAGCAAAAAUUCUUUGUUCAAAUUGCAAGCAAGAUAUGUUGUUGAGAGAAUGGAUGGUGAUUUGUGGGCUAAAGUUCUUACUCCUGAUAAUGAGUAUAGAAGGCAACUUAUUGAUCAGGUUGUAUCUACGGCUUUGCCUGAAAGCUCAAGCCCAGAACAAGUUUCUGCAGCUGUUAAGGCUUUCAUGACAGCUGAUCUGCCUCAUGAAUUGAUUGAACUUCUCGAGAAGAUUGUGCUUCAGAAUUCUGCAUUCAGUGGGAACUUUAAUUUGCAGAAUCUUCUUAUUUUGACCGCAAUAAAGGCUGAUCCAUCCAGAGUUAUGGAUUAUAUCAAUAGACUGGAUAAUUUUGAUGGGCCCGCAGUUGGAGAAAUGGCUGUAGAAGGUCAACUGUAUGAGGAAGCAUUUGCAAUUUUUAAGAAGUUCAACUUGAAUGUUCAAGCAGUUGAUGUCUUGCUUGAAAAUAUACAUAGCAUUGAUAGAGCUGUGGAGUUUGCUUUUAGAGUUGAAGAAGAUGCUGUUUGGAGUCAAGUGGCCAAGGCUCAACUUAGGGAAGGGCUUGUAAGUGAUGCCAUUGAGUCGUUUAUACGGGCAGAAGAUGCUACGCAAUUUUUGGAUGUCAUCAGUGCUGCUGGAAAUGCUAAUGUUUACCAUGACCUGGUGAAAUACUUAUUAAUGGUAAGACAGAAGGCAAAAGAACCCAAGGUUGACAGUGAGCUCAUUUAUGCGUAUGCAAAGAUUGAUAGGCUCAGUGACAUUGAGGAGUUUAUUCUUAUGCCGAAUGUUGCUAAUCUACAAAAUGUUGGUGAUCGGUUGUAUGAUGAAGCAUUAUAUGAGGCUGCAAAAAUCAUAUUUGCUUUUAUAUCGAACUGGGCUAAGUUGGCCAUCACACUGGUCAAGUUAAAACAGUUCCAAGGUGCUGUUGAUGCGGCAAGGAAAGCCAACAGCUCAAAAACAUGGAAGGAAGUUUGCUUUGCUUGUGUUGAUGAAGAAGAGUUUCGUUUGGCCCAGAUAUGUGGACUUAACAUUAUUAUUCAGGUGGAUGACUUGGAAGAAGUCAGUGAAUAUUACCAAAAUAGAGGCCACUUCAAUGAGUUAAUAUCUCUCAUGGAGAGUGGUUUAGGGUUAGAGCGGGCUCAUAUGGGCAUCUUCACCGAGUUAGGAGUUUUGUUUGCUAGAUACCGCCCUGAGAAACUUAUGGAGCAUAUCAAACUAUUCUCCACCCGCCUCAAUAUUCCAAAACUCAUAAGAGCUUGUGAUGAACAACAACAUUGGACAGAAUUGACGUAUUUGUAUAUCCAAUAUGAUGAGUUUGAUAAUGCUGCAACCACCAUCAUGAACCAUUCACCAGAAGCAUGGGAUCACAUGCAAUUCAAAGAUGUUAUUGUCAAAGUUGGAAAUGUUGAGUUGUAUUAUAAGGCUGUUCACUUCUAUUUGGAAGAGCAUCCAGAUCUUAUCAAUGAUGUUCUGAAUGUCCUUGCCCUUCGUGUGGACCAUGCACGUGUUGUUGACAUCAUGCGAAAGGCUGGUCACCUCCGCCUUGUAAAGCCAUACAUGGUUGCAGUUCAGAGCAACAAUGUAUCUGCUGUUAAUGAAGCCUUGAACGAGAUAUAUGUUGAGGAGGAAGAUUAUGAUAGAUUGCGUGAGUCAAUUGAUUUGCAUGAUAACUUUGAUCAAAUAGGCCUCGCACAAAAGAUUGAAAAGCAUGAGCUUCUUGAGAUGAGGCGUGUUGCUGCUUAUAUUUACAAGAAGGCUGGUAGGUGGAAGCAAUCCAUUGCUCUGUCAAAGAAGGAUAAUCUUUACAAAGAUGCAAUGGAGACAGCCUCACAAUCUGGCGAGCGUGAACUUGCUGAGGAAUUGCUUGUUUAUUUCAUUGAUCAGGGAAAGAAGGAAUGCUUUGCCUCGUGUCUAUUUGUUUGCUAUGAUUUAAUAAGGGCGGACAUUGCUCUUGAACUAGCUUGGAUGCACAAUAUGAUCGACUUUGCCUUCCCAUAUCUUUUACAGUUUAUCCGUGAGUACACUGGCAAAGUUGAUGAAUUGGUGAAGGACAAAAUUGAAGCACAAAUCGAAGAGAAGGCUAAAGAGAAAGAAGAAAAGGACGUAGUUUCUCAGCAGAACAUGUAUGCUCAAUUGUUGCCUCUUGCUUUGCCUGCGCCACCAAUGCCUGGAAUGGGAGGAGGCUAUGGUCCUCCCCCUCCAAUGGGUGGACUAGGGAUGCCCCCUCCUUACGGCAUGCCACCAAUGGGUGGCGGUUACUAACAUGUACACAGCGGUGACAAGUAUAGCAUGAACUAGGUCCCUAUGGGGAGCAAUAUUUAGCAGCUUCGAAAUUUUGCAUAGAUUUUCUUGCGGGAUUUGGAUGCAGCAUUCUUUCUUUUAGCUUCUGGUGGAGGUAGAGAUUCAAGUUACAAUAAUCUGAAGUUUUUUUUUUUUUGAGAUUGUGUCAUAAUAGUCUUGCCCCUUUUAUUUUCUAAUGGUAGUUAAGGCAUUUUCUGGGCUGCUUUUUUGAGCUAGCCGAUACAUUCAUUUUCUUGUAUUAAAUGAAUUAGUUUCAGUAUAGUACGAAAUUUACCGACUUUAACAACCAGCUUGAUA